GCGAAGCUGGGGCCGCCAGAGCCAAACAGGGAACGGCGUUUGCCGGGGCCAAGGCGGAAGCCGGAUCCUUUGGCGGACCGGACCGCGGGAACCCGGAAACGCCUGGGCCUCACUGAGGCGGUACAGGCGACAGAGCCGGCGGGAGCCGGCAGCGCUGCGGGUCAGCGGUUGCGGCGGAGCCGGCGGGCUCGGAAGCCUGGGUCGCCCGGCGUCCCGGAGCCCGGGGCUCCACUGCGGGCAGCUGGCCGAGCCGCACGGCGGACAAAUGAAGAGAAAACAAUGUCUGCCAACCUAAAAUAUCUUUCCUUGGGAAUUUUGGUGUUUCAGACUACCAGUCUGGUUCUAACGAUGCGUUAUUCUAGGACUUUAAAAGAGGAGGGGCCUCGUUAUUUGUCUUCUACAGCAGUGGUUGUGGCUGAAUUUUUGAAGAUAAUGGCCUGCAUCUUUUUAGUCUACAAAGACAGUAAGUGUAGUGUGAGAACACUGAAUAGAGUACUGCAUGAUGAAAUUCUUAAUAAACCAAUGGAAACACUGAAGCUUGCUAUUCCGUCAGGGAUAUAUACUCUCCAGAACAACUUACUCUAUGUGGCACUGUCAAACUUAGACGCCGCCACUUACCAGGUUACAUAUCAGUUGAAAAUACUUACAACAGCAUUAUUUUCUGUGUCUAUGCUUGGUAAAAAAUUAGGUGUGUACCAGUGGCUCUCCCUAGUAAUUCUGAUGGCAGGAGUUGCUUUUGUACAGUGGCCUUCAGAUUCUCAAGAACUGAAUUCUAAGGACCUUUCAACGGGCUCACAGUUUGUAGGCCUCAUGGCAGUUCUCACAGCCUGUUUUUCAAGUGGCUUUGCUGGAGUUUAUUUUGAGAAAAUCUUAAAAGAAACAAAACAAUCAGUAUGGAUAAGAAACAUUCAACUUGGUUUCUUUGGAAGUAUAUUUGGAUUAAUGGGUGUAUACAUUUAUGAUGGAGAAUUGGUAUCAAAGAAUGGAUUUUUUCAGGGAUACAAUCAACUGACGUGGAUAGUUGUUAUUCUGCAGGCACUUGGAGGCCUUGUAAUAGCUGCGGUCAUCAAGUAUGCAGAUAACAUUUUAAAAGGAUUUGCAACCUCCUUAUCCAUAAUAUUGUCAACAGUCAUAUCUUAUUUUUGGUUACAAGAUUUUGUGCCAACCAGUGUCUUUUUCCUUGGAGCCAUCCUUGUAAUAGCAGCUACUUUCUUGUACGGUUACGAUCCCAAACCUGCAGGAAAUCCCACUAAAGCAUAGUCAUGUCCUAUCCUUAACUGGAUUUUCACAAUGGUGCCCUAGGAACCUCAACAUUAAUCUUGCACAGAGGACUUCUGCAGAUUCUAUGAAGAAAUCAUCAUGCUAAAUCUGAUCAUUCUGUUCAAAUGGUUUGAAAAUGUGUAGCCUUCAGGACGAAAUGUGUACAUCGUCUGCAACCCAAGCUUGGCAGUGUGUCCAGGAAGUAGGGUUAGAGGGGAUACUGGGAGGAGGCCUUAAGUCUGAGCUCAUAAUGACAUCAGCCUUUUAGUUGCUGCAGAACUGUCCAGUGCAGCCUUUGCAAGAGCACAUGCAUACAAAUAAAGACCAAGGUUUGCAAGGUAGAUCUGCCGACACUUAUCACACGUUCUUAACCUUACUCUUUCUGUACAGAUGUAUCAAGUUAUAUGAACUAUUUAAAUGGAAAUUUAUAAUUGCCUAUCAAGCUGUGAACAAACAAAUAUAAUUUAAAACCAUUUUCAUGUAUUUCAUGGGAUUUUUUAUAUUUAUACAGAAGAUUACUAAGGAAAGGAUUGCUAAAUUUUAUUUAAUUCCAUAAGACAUGAUGAAGUAAUGAUCUGGGUUUGAAUCAUAUUUAAAUUUAGUGUAGAAAGAAUCUGUCUCUCUGUGUAUGUCUGACCAUUUACUGCUUUGAGACAGCUGAAUGCAGUUUGGUUCUUCCUAUGCUAGAGUAGAAGGGUCUGGCACUAAUGGAGUUUACCCAUCAUUUCCCAGUUGUGUUUCUCUUCUCGUUAUUCUCAUCAUUACCUUAAGUUGAAUUUGUAUGUGUUGCCAUUAAACAUUUUAAAUGAAUUUAAAGGGAUUAAGUACUCAUUUAAUAAUUAAAAAUAAGAUAAUGAUUACUGUCCAGUCUCCAUGUGGAGAAAUGUAAACUAUGAAACAUAUAUUGUAUGUAGUUUUGAAAUGAAGAAUUUUCUUGUUAAUCUGAAGUAGGAAUUUCUUUUAAUCUCCAACUGUUGACAAAAACAAUCAAAAGAGUAUUAUUAGUUCUCUCAGUGGACCAUGAUCAAACUGAUUUUCUUGCAGACAUUCCCUACUGCCAUAGUGUUACUUUCUUUUUUCCUUUUCUUAAAGCCUAUUGUUACUUGUUUGUUUUUUUUCCUUAAGGCAGAUUUUCAUUAUGUAGACCAGACUGGCCUUGAACUCACAAAUAUCUACCCGGCAGUCUGUGCCUGCUGAGUGAUGGGAUUAAGGGUGUGGUGGACCACCCUGCCCCCCUCACUACACUGUUUUAAGUGAGUUGCAUUAUAUUUUAAGUUCUAAGGCUAUUUAGAAGUUUUUAUGUCUUAAAGCUCACUCUCCCCAGGAACACUCUGAUCCUGUGUCUGGAAGAUGUGACUGCCUUUGGGGUUUCCUUUCUGGUGUUCCCAUGAGUGCUUCUGUGAAGGAGCAACCAUUUGCUUUAAAAUAGUAGAUUUUCUUUCUUUUUAACACUGGAGUUGAGGAUACAAAUUAUGAGUUAUUUAAUAAUAGAUUCAAAGGAGAGAGAAUAUAUUAGAAAUAGUAAAACUGGGUGGCAAAAAUGCAUUCUAUAUUUGGAAUAUAAGUUAUUUAAUUAUUGACCAUUUGCAGAAUUACCUAUUGAAUAUAAAAUCUAUUUUAUUCUUUCAUUUAUAUUGUAUAUAUUUUAAAACUUUGUUCUUAUAGAUACAAACCUAUAAAAAAGGUAACUAUUUUUUAUGUAGUUCUAAUAGAUUUUGUUAAAUGGAGUCUGACUCAAAAGCACUAUUGUAAAGAACUGUAAGGUUCCUUUGGCAACCUUGGAUUGGCUAGUUGAUCUUUGCCAGAGCAGAUGUACUUUCAACAGUGAACCUGGCUAACUGAUUCCAUUCAGAGUUUGAAAGUGUGAAAAUGAUAGAAUAUUUAAUGUCAUUGCACCAAUGAGGAUAUAGUGAUAGCAGGCUUUCUGAGUGCCACGUUUAUAGUUUUCAGUGACUGCCUUUUAGAGAUUGAAUAUUUUGAGCAUGGUGUGAAGCCACCCCAGCAUUCAAGCUUAUGUCCUAGGACCUAUGACUAAGUGCAACCCAGAUCUUGCAAAUAUACAAAAUUCAAGAGGACCAAUUCAUGUUCUGCUCAUAUGAAAGCAUUGUGUGGGCAAGCGUGUUAAUACAGUGUGGAUUCAAAAUCAGUGGUUACUUAGAUCUAGUCUACCCUGUCUUAACCCUACAGAAAUAUAUACAAAGAAGUAAUUGGAUAGUAAGGUGGUUAAAGUUUUAAUACCUUUUAGGUGUCUGAAAAUCUUUUAUGCAUCAUUUAUAUUUUUCCUUUCUGGUCAGUUAAAAAGUAAUUGGGCUGAAUGUAUAGUCUAAAAAUUUAUAAGGAAAUAAUAAUGUUUGUAGGAACAUGGACUUGUAACCUAGAUUGUGUCAUAUAUAUUGAUGCUGAAAUUUUGUGUAAUGUGGUUUGUGUUUUGAUGACAUUCAAAGGUGUUAUUGUGUCAUGCUUUUAUAAUAACUUUAUUUAAAUUUUAUGCUUUUAAAGGUGUGCUUGUUGUUUCUUAGCUACUUUCACUAAAAGACCAUGUGAAUUCCUGGAGAAGAGUGCCAGCUGAGAGCUGUAUUCAAGUUAGGCCCAGCACAGUGGGAGAAAGAGUGGUAUCCCAGGCAGACCCCAGCAGCAGCAGCAGCAGCUCUUUACUGAGUGGUUUUCAAGUUGUGAGUUUCCUUUAUAAUAUAGAACAUAGAGGUUAGAGAUUCAGAACUGAAAUGUUUACAUCAAUUUCUACUGAAUGACACAGAAUUUCAGAAAAGGCAGCUUGAUAUUUAAACCAGAGCCUGUUAAAAAAUUCCAAAAGGAAAUUAAUCGACAUUCUGCUCUGAACCCUAAAAUAGAAUACUAUCUUACAAAUCAAGUUACUAGACUUUUAGAAUGUCAUUAUACUGUCAUUCAUUGAAGUGUUUUUGUUUUGUUAUCUUUUUGAGGCAACAUCUUAACUAUGCCACCCUGGCUGCCUGAGACUUGCUGUGUAGACCAGGCUGGCCUGGAACUCACAAAGAUCUGCCUGUUUCUGCCUUCAGAGUGCUGGGAUUAAAGGUGUGCACCACCACCCCCAUUUGAGUUUUGUUUUAUUUAGUUUUUAAAGAAAGGCCUUAGUGUCACUCCUUCUAUUUAAACAUUCAUUGUAGAAUAUUUGACUACUUUUUAGAUAUAUCUUUACAUGGUAUUUAUAAAAAGUAAUUAUGUUUUAUUGAAAGCCACCUCAAGGAUCUCCAAGAUAUUUAAAGAAGUUACGGCCAAAGAAAAUGCACCUUUCUCACAAUCUGGUCCUAUGUGCCUUGCUUUACCAAAUAAAUACCUGACUUUUAUGGAGACUCUUCUGUAAUUUACAACUUUAGACACAUACUUGAAAGUGGGAUUUUUUUUUUCAAGAAUAUCUAUAAUUCUAGAUUUUGGUUGUUUCAACAUUUUCCCUUUAAAUACUACGUAUCCUAUAAAAGCAUCCAUGAACAGCACUUGCUUAAAUGAGUUGGGAUACCAGCAUCAUGAUUCAGGUUUGAGACUUUAACAGUUGUAUAUAAUUGGUUGUUGUUUCUUUUCUUGUAAAUCAUGAUUUGUUGUGAUUUAAAACAAUAUUUUUAAAUGAUUUUAACCCUAAAUUGA